AAGAAAGAGAAAGAAACCAGGAGGGCUACAAACAGAGACCACUGCUAAAUCCAGCUGCCACCUGUCUGCACACAUGGAGUUUUCUUGAAGCAGAACAGCACCUAUCAUUUACGGAGUGUCCAUGGCCUGCUUCCCUGCUACACUGGCAACAUUGGACCUUUGCCAUUGAGACCAGUGGCACCCAAGCCUAAACUAUUUACUGUCCAGGGAGCAUGCAGCAGCCAGGGAGGCCCACUCGGGCCAGAACCCACUAACCUAGACCCAAGAGAAAAGCAUCUGUUCCUGUUCACUGACUUGCCACUGCCCAGGCUGCCAGGCGCUCUCAUAGUCUUCCCCUUUCUUCUGCCCUCCUCCUACCUCCUCUGGAAAUAUAGGCACUUAGGGAUUUGCCUCUGCCCUGCAGAAAAUCCCCACCUCCCAGGGCAGGUGCAGUGGGGAGAGCCAGAGCAGGUGCACAGCACGCGAGGCAGGCUUUCCUGAGCCCCACAGCUAGGGGCAACCAGCUAGCACCAAGUUCAGAAAGCAGCACUUCAUCACAGGCAUGGGCACAGGGAAGCCACCUCUCUACACACUGGCCAGGUGUCAGCUGUGCACCUUGCAUGCUUCCUUAUUGAAACCCCUCCCUACCAGGAGACCACCAUCAGAUUUGGAGAUGGAGCCUCAGGGGUCGAUGUGUGUCCACAUUUGACCAGGUAUAACCUGGUGGCCCCUGAGCUCAACCGUGGUCCCCUGGAGUCCACACUUCUGCAACUGCCCCCAGCCCACCUGUGGCCUGGGAGCUCGCAUUCCACAAAUGGUCACUGAGCACCAGCCGUGUGACAAGCCCAGGGCAAAGCCCUGGGAAUAAGACAGUGAACAAACCAGACGGAAUCCCAACUGGAACUCACACGCUCUCGUGGGGUGGACACAUGAAUAGAAUGCUCAGCACGUCAGAUGGCAGUCAGGGCUGAGCAGACAAUAAAGCCAGGAAGGGAGAUGGAAGGUGAGGGGCGAGGGGCACCAUCUUAUAGGGUGGCCAUGAGAGGCUUCACUGGGGGUGGUGAUGUUUGAGAAAGCGCUGAAGGAGGUGAGUGGUCCAGACACGGGGCAUCUGAGAGAAACACCUUAUCCUUGACAAAGGACUGAGAGGGAGGCCUAGGCAACCUGUGACAUGAAGUGGGAGCUGGGAAGGAGGAAGAGGAUAGUGAGAUCCCCUGCAGUCCCUGAAAUGGGGGGCCUUCACACAGCGCCCUAUUUGCACGUGCACUUGCACACACACAUACACACCGAGGCCAGCUUUCAGAGGCUGUCUGAAAUUGUCAGUAGCCUCUUUUGGGUACCUGGCCCUGCAGGAAGCAGUGUGAGUGUGGGCCCCCUGUCCCCCCGCACCUGCAGUCCACAGAGCACACAGGAGCCUCAGGGAGCAGGGAGAAUAUGCGUGGGCCCCUCACCCACUGCUCUGGAGCCUGAUCCAGGGAUGGCCUCUGCCUCCACCACAACAGACAUUGCCAUCAUUGCAGGUGUGAUUGCCGCUGUGGCCAUCGUCCUAGUCUGCCUCCUCAUUGUCAUGCUGCACUACAUGUGCCGGCACAAGGGCACGUACCACACCAAUGAGGCCAAGGGCACGGAGUUUGCUGAGAGUGCGGAUGCAGCCCUGCAGGGCGACCCUGCCCUCCAAGAUGCUGGUGACAGCAGCAGAAAGGAGUACUUUAUUUGAAGGGCAACAAACUUUACUUCCCCAAAUGCCUUCUCCACCUCCAUCAGGAAAAAUGUACCCCACUGUCCAGCACCCCUACUGAUACCACCAGGCAGCCGGAGAGAGCAUUUGCUUCUUCCCAAGAUACGCACCUGGAAACACUAGGUGCCUGCCCAGGAAGGAACGGAGGAGGACUUGGGCUUCAUCAGGCCUUGCCCAGGGACCCAGGGAGGCAGUGGCCACCUCAGGGGCCACCCUUUGCUCCACCAAGGUGGGAGAAAAUCUGGGCACACAGGGCCCCUGGGCAGUGCAGGACAACAUCAUGUCACUGGCAGGAAAGUCCUUGUUGAGGGUGAAGGGGUGCUGGGGUACCGGGGGGCUGGGGAAGCAAGGAAAUAAGUCAUCUGUAUACUGACUGGGGAUAAUGGCAUCAAAUGUCAGCCCUUGACAUUUAGGGGGAACAGCAGGUGCCAGAGCUAAAAGGUACCUUUGUCUCCCAUUGAUUCAGCUCAGAACAAUUGGAAAUAAAUUUGAAAUGUAGCCGAG